AUGUACUCUCAAGUGCUUGAAAGGCUGCACCAGGUCGCAGCACAUCUCACUCCUAGCAUCGACACUAUUUCCAACACAACAGGAACGCUCUUUGAGCUCACGAAGCAAAACAUCCCGCUCCCAACUGCUCUUCAGCUUCAUGAUCUUCCCAGGGAGAUCGCAACCUGCAUCGCACAGAAUCCACUCCCUCUCGUUUCGAUUUGUAUCUUCGCAUUUCCUAAGGCGGUUAUCUCACCUGUUCUGUACCUCGCAGGAUUUGGAUCUUUGGGUCCUAUUGCUCAUUCCCUCGCGGCGUGGUAUCAAGCCUCCUUUGGCAAUCCGGUGGCAGGAGGGCUCUUUGCACACUUAGAAAGCGCGGCGAUGGGUGGCUAUGGACUGGGUGUUUUAAGCACUGCUCUUCGGGGGUUAGUGGGUGUGGCUACGGGUGUGCGGAUGGCUUUGGGGAAGGGGAAUGGGACUUUGGCAGGUUGA